AUGCGAUUAGUCCAGUGUUAUUGUCUUUAUAAGACAUCUGAUAUCACAGGAGCCUGGAAUCUACUCUCAAACAUCGAUGAGGAACUUGAUCCGUCUGGAAAACGUAUUAAAACAUUACUGGAGGCCCAAAUUCUCUCUCGACUUGAGCGGUAUGAGGAAGCCAAGGAUCAUUAUGAGGACCUACUCGUGGAUUCGGACCCAACUCACCCAGAAUACCAAGACCUGACUGUCAAUCUAGCUAAUGUCCGACGGCGGUUGCAGUUCGAGACCAUUGCCGCUCCCUCUCUUCUUACCUCAAUUGAUCUCGAUAGACUCGAGUCUACACCAGUCACCUCAUCCUUUUUUCAAUCUCAUCCUGAUUUUCAACCAACUAAGCCCAUCAAAGCAACAGGCGUGGCGAUUCCCAACCAACCUGCGAAACCUCCUUCCACGCCUAAGAUGAAGAAGCCACUUGACCCCUCUCGGCCUGCUCCUGACCCAGAGCGCUGGUUACCUCGUAAGAAACGUUCAGAUUACUGCCCGCCGCAACGGCAACAUACCAAAGAGGUAUCAGUCCCCAAGACUCGCAAACCUAAGGAGAAAUCAGGAAACACUCAAGGAUCAAUGAACGAACCAGAAAGGAACUCAAGUGUGAAACUUGAUAAAGGCACCAAAGGGAAAAGGCGAGUCAAGAGAUAA